AGGGGUGUUAAAAAUCUACAAAACCUUCCCAAGCGAGGUUUAAGUAGCUUCUAUUCUCCAAAGAUUAUUGCAGUUCCUACCCCGUGAUUCAGACUGCAUUUUCUGUUUGUUUGUGUUUUGUGAAACUGAGAGUAGAAUACUUCGAAUAUUCAUUACGUAUGAAUACCUAGCCGCAUGUAGAUUCAUCCAAGAUAGGUGGGUCAUUCUGUCUUCAUCUCCACAGCACGGGAUCCGACAUCGAUGCACUUACGCGGGGUGGCGAGAGAGGAUUUUGCUGCUGUCCAUUGUCAUUUUAGCGAAUCGUAGCUUUUUGUGCGCUACAGCGUCCGAUACAUCAGGGGGUAGAUCGGCGGCAGUAGUUGUAGAUGCAGCGGGUCAUUCGCUAGGAUGAGGAUGAGAUUCGUCAGCAUUUGAUCUGUUGGCAUAUCCGUAAAAUUUGGAGGCGAAGAGGGAUGGGGUUAUGUCAGCCGACUCUGUUGCGAGGCGCUGGAGCCUGACGAUCGAGUAAGUUCCGCUUCCGACAUGUGUUGUGGAUGAGAGAGAGAGAGAGAGCGGUUACUAGCUCAAUGCAAUGGACAUCUUUAUACUUGCUAUUCAUAGGCUGCUGGAAAUGCUUCAUGGCAUACUCCCAAGGGGUGAUAUCGUAUAAUACUUAUUUUACUCGGUAAUUUGUUGGAGAUCCGUUGUACCUGGUGGGGCUUUUCCAUGCAUGUGACAAGAGCUUGGAGCACGGGACUCCACUAUGGGGCGAGCCAGAGGCAGGUCGAGGCAACCAGUUUGCCCAGGAAUCCCCACUCUUUCUUUAGUGUGCUUUGGUGCUCUCAUCGUGCUGGCGGUCUUGUCUUUGCUUUCGGGCCGUUUGCUUGACAUGCAGAAUUCAAAAGAUUACCCAGAAUCUCGACCAGAUGCAAAUGACCCGUUUCGCGAUGAAGACUUUGUGACCAUCGAAGAAGAAAAUGUAACCAGAGCUUUGUUGACAAGCUCUUGGAAUGUGCCAGACCAGUGGGAUGCAACUGCUCAACACAUUUGGGAUGCAGAGAACUCUGAGUACUACUAUGGGUGCAGUGAGCCCUCGAAAGAUUACCAAAUUGGUCCUAGUUCACAGAUCAACGGGUAUCUUCUGAUUGCAGCUAGUGGUGGCCUAAAUCAGCAAAGAACAGGGAUAACUGAUUCUAUUGUUGUUGCUCGACUAUUGAAUGCAACCCUAGUUGUUCCACAACUUGACCAUCGAUCAUACUGGAAAGACAACAGCAAUUUUAGUGACAUUUUUGAUGUGGACUGGUUUAUUAAAUCCGUAUCUCCUGACGUGAAAGUGAUCAAGGAACUGCCUCAAAGUGAUAGGAAGUAUCUCUUAAAGCAGUUGUACAGUCAGCGUGUCCCACGAAAGGUUCCACCGCACUAUUAUCUUACACGCAUUCUGCCCAAUUUGAAAAGGAGACAUUUUAUCAGGCUUACCAAAUUCGACUACCGACUUGCCAACAGGUUGGAUGCAGAUUUUCAGAAGCUGAGAUGCCGCACAAAUUAUAAGGCACUGCGUUUUACCCAACCUAUUCAAAAUAUGGGACAAACCAUUGCAGAUCGGAUGAGAGCUAAGGGUGGGCGAUACAUUGCAUUGCAUCUAAGAUAUGAAUCUGAUAUGUUGGCAUUUUCGGGCUGCUAUUACGGUGGCGGUGAGAAAGAGAAAAGGGAAUUGGGCGCUAUUCGCAAACGGUGGAAGACGCUGCAUUAUCACGAUCCCGAGCGAGAAAGACGCAAUGGAAAGUGCCCUUUGACCCCCGAAGAAGUUGGUCUUAUGCUACGCGCACUUGGCUAUGGCAACGAUUCGUAUUUAUACGUGGCGUCUGGUGAAGUUUACAACGGGGAGGCUUCAUUGGCACCAUUGAAAGCCAUGUUUCCUAAUUAUUACACCAAAGACACAAUAUCAAACCAGAAGGAGCUACAACCUUUUUUGAAGUACUCGUCGCGAAUGGCUGCUAUUGACUACAUUGUCUGUUCAGGAAGUGAUGUCUUUGUGGCCAAUAAUAAUGGAAAUAUGGCCCGAAUAUUAGCUGGUGAAAGACGCUACAAUGGCCAUAAGCGAACAAUUAGACCUAAUGCCAAGAAACUAGGGAGGCUUUUGCCUGCUAGGCACAACAUGUCAUGGGCAGAGUUUGCCGAAAACGUGCGACAUUUUCAGAAGGGUUUCAUGGGUGAUCCAAUGGAGGUGAGGGCUGGUCGCGGCGAGUUUCAUGAGAACCCAGCAGCAUGUAUAUGUGAAAAACCUGAAGCAAAGGAGAAGCUUCGGCACUGGCGAGAACAGCAGGCAAAGAAGCCGAAAAAACCGCAAGAAGCUACUGAAAUUCUGGGACAAGACCCCGUCAUUCCUGUAGAAGAUAGAAUAGACGCUGAAGAAGAGGAAGACGAGGAAUUACCUCUGGUGAUUGAAGAUGAGCAGUCAAAUAAUGAAACAGAGGUGACCGGUAUGGAGGAUUUGCUUCUAGAGACAGAAGAUUCCAAUGAGCAAGAAAAUGGUGAUGGAGAUGCUGAUGGUGAUGAAGAUAACAACUUUUGACACUCUCGAAGGUGCUGAAGUUUCCCUUGAAUUGAUGCAAACAUGAACGCAUCAAGCGUGAGAGAAGACUUGUAAAGCUACUAAAAAUUGUGCCAAUGAACGCGUGGUGAAUUUGUGAACGAUGUAUCGAGGCAUCACCGAGACACAGCAUUCUUAACACUUUCACUCACUUUCCAAAAUUUCGGGGCCUCUGUUCAUCUUUGUCGACGUGUAGUACGAGAGGAAGGCUUGAAGCAUCCAGUGUGGGUAGUGAAGAUUUGGUUAAUGAUGCUGGAAUCGCAAUUCUGCGGCUACGUCCCGUAAGUGCCAAAAUCCUGCGUAGGCCUACUAAGACGUGGGUGGUGGUUUUGCCGAAUCCUGGAUACUAGAUGGCGAGGUUUGUAGCCGGAUUCGUAUGAGUAGGAAUGUUCACCUCGUUCGGAACCCAGUGUCUCAUGGAGUGUCGAGAUGUGGUCAUUUUGUCAUGAAACUAUUUUGAGCUACCUCUCUCUUUGUUGUUUUUGCGCCGCAUAUAUCAUGCUCAGCUCAUGACUCGUUGAGUGUGAAGAAAAUAUAAGUGAUGGAAAUCACCUAAGAUACCUUUUUCAUUUUUCUCUCUUAACUUGGUUAGCGCUUUUAAUACUUUGUAGUGAUAAGGGUAGGUAAGUAGAUGGGUAGACGUAGACAACCAGGGCUAGUGACCACAUUCUUUUUCAACUCUUACAUAAAAAUUAUUGUAGAGCUAGCAUGAUACAGAUCUUGUCAGAGGUUGGCAUUAUUCUUUCGGCUGUUUGAUGCUCUUUAAAAAACUGUGAAGACCACCAUCCUCUACCUCUCACUCUUGGAAGAGGUACUGCUUGAAGGUUCAAUUCUCAACAAGGAGCAAUUCUGCAAUGGAUAGCAA